AUGACGAUCCUCCUCCACGAUGUUCAGUACUUAUUGCAGAUUCCUGUUGAGGGACGACUGAUGAGUAGGACUUCUGCGCAGCUUGACCAUCCGGAGGUGGAUUUGUGUGCGCUUCUUGGGAUGAACUCGGAGCAGUUGAGUGGUCGUUCGGAGGCCCCUGGAUAUGGUAAUAGGGGUAAGUGGUACGAGAAGGGUGGUUUUCUUGCGGAGAUGGCGUCCAGAUACUUGCAGAGACAGAGUUCGGCCGGUGGUGAACCUAUUUUGGACGAGUUGGAGGAGAUAGAUCAGUACAGUUGGGCGUCAGGUGCACUUGCUUGGUUCUACAGAUGCCUUGGUCAGGCGUCUCGUGCUGGUGCCAGGGGGUGGCUGGUUGUCUCGCACUUCUGCAGUGUUGGAUCUACGAGUACUUUCCGGGUUUCAGGCCAUCUCACUUUGAGCCACCUGUCGUUGGACCUGAUGAGGCUUGGGCUUCACGAUGGAUUGGGCAGCCGACACCUGGUUCUGUGGCUGAUCCCAGUGUGA